GCCAAGUACUUAAGUCUAUAGCUUACGGACACGUAUGCCCUUACUAAAAGAUUUGUAUAUUUACAAUGCAUAUUGUAUACAUGUAAUCCAAGCGUCUUUUAUCGCAUAUUCCCAGUUUCAGCCAAUUUCGUUUCUAAUACUCCAGUCACUUCUCACAAUGCGUAUAUUGUCAUUGAGUUAUUCAAACCUUGCAUAGAGGAAAUGAAAUUUGUUAGGGCUGUUACUCGGGAAACUUGGCUGACUAGACGAGCAUCACAACUUGCUUUUCAUCAUGUACAACCUCGUACCGCAUCCCUGACUAUUGAUAUCUCGACUGUAAGCGAUGAAAUCUGAAAAACUAAGAUCAAGCAUUUAGCACACGUUAAGAUUUAGCAAAUGGUACCCAAGUUUAAUCAACGAUAGGAAUCUCAUCCUUCCUGCACUUAUGUUUUUUCUAGAUAUUCUUUCUGCUGUCAAGGUUUUCUUUCCAACGGAACUUUGUAAAACAAGCACGAAGGACAUUCACAAUAUCUUGAUCAAGAGUUCUACAAGAGUGUAUGAAUGAGUGUAUACGACAACAGACAAAUCUCUCGGGACUACACAACCAUCUUCAAACCCAAAGAUAGCGCCUCCUCAUAGCCCUCUUCAAACCUCCAUUACACGCCAAAUAAUGGCCGGGUCCGAAGUAUCUGGUAUCUCCAAGCAACUCUCACAGUUUGAGAGGAUAGAACUACUCAAGAUCAGCUAUCGACAUAGGUCAAGGUUCCUUCAUUGUCCAACUACGGGGAAGGAUCCCGAGAAAGAUGUCUGGACGUCAAUAAUGGAAGAGUUUUCUUCCACCGUCCGUGCGGGCGUAUUUAAUAAAUACGCCCAAGUGAAGAAAGCCACUAAUAUGAUCUGCAAGAAUCGACGCAAACAAACCAAAGGCACCACGCCACCGCAAAGACGGUCUCGGAUGGUUCACGGUGACAAGUGGAUCGACAACUGGGUGUGUGUUUGGAGGUGUCGUGAUUUGAUAAUCAAAACCGCCAAGGUUGAUCAAGCAAUACGAGAAGUGAUGGGAGAGAAGAAGAUUAAGAAGAUGUUUUGCGAUAGAAUAGCCGGUACCGAACUACCCCAAGAGACUGGUGAGCUGACUUUUUCGGCUCCGAUUUGGAAAGGCAUUCAGAAGGAGAUUCGCGAUAUAGAACGAUCUUCGAGAGGCCGUCACUUCUCUUUGUAUUCUAGCGAGGACGAGUCGGAUUUCACAGACGAUGAUGGGACAGAGGAUGAUGCAGUUGUUGGUUUAAGGGCUAAAGAAACACUGCUACAGUCGAUUGAGGCGGAUGUCCAAAGUGAUGUACCUUCGGCGCCAGAAGAUCUGCCAUCAGCACAACCUAAUCAGAGAGUUUCAGGAGGAGUCAACUCUCCAGAUCUUUCUCCAGCUAUACAGGAAAGGCUUAAGGAGCUGGAAAAGGGAUUCAUCAACGUACUUAAAGCAAAUAGGACUGCGACAGGCGAGAAGAUGUCCGUCCUCGGAUUAGCCCAGCGAAGUUCUAACCAGCAGAGGAUAUCUUCACCAGAAGCACUCUCGCACCUACAAGGGGCUCUUGUUCAUAGACCUCCGAAGCUACCAUUAAAGAACAAGAAAAACGAACAAUUAACCACCAUUCUUGCUAUUAAGACACCAAGAUCGGAGCAAGGACGAAGUGGUAACGAUGAUACUUACAAUAGUAUCAGUCUGAGUUUUGCCCCGUCACAACAUCUUAAACCGGGUACUUAUUCUGCAGGCGAGAGCGUUUUAGUCGGUUGGCACGCUCGUCAAAUACCUUUAACAGGUAUGAACGUUACAGCCGAGCAGGACUUCCGGCAGACCGUAUUUGCUACAAUAAGCACUGCUGGUAUAAUCAACUUCCGGCUGCGCAGCCAAAACAUACAAGGGCAAACAGUGCCAUCGAAUUUCCGCCUCGGGAAGACUGUUUCCGUCUCUCGUAAAGAUGUUAUAUACCAUCCUGCGUUUGAUGGCAUGUCCUACGAAGAAGUACAGCUGGAGGUAGCUCGCCAAAGCCUCCUUAGUGUUGAUCAACGCACCGUCAGCCACCAGGUACCACCGACGCUAAUAACUGAAAUCACUGGUGAAAACAGUAGGAAAGACAUCAUGGCCAGCGAGCAUGAGGUAAGAGAAGAAAGACCAGAAACGUUUGCGCGUAGCUCCGCGCGAGAAGAUGGGCGAGGUUGUACACCGCUUAAGACCAAUAAAGAGAAAUCUUCUGCGUCAACCUUAAAGAGGCCCGGUACGCCGAAAGUAUUAAGGAAGUUCCUCGACGAUGAGGCCAAGAAGCGACAGAAGCCUUUGGCACCAGUAAAAAUUCCAUACAUCAGCACACCACCGAGAAAACCUAGUCCUAAAUCGAAGAAACCUUCUAGGUGUAACAGGAUUACACCAUGGAGGUUUUAUGGCAAAAAGCCCCCUGAGCGUGUUCCUGCCGCAGAAGAACAUGAACCAAAUCAGAAGCAGAAUUCCGAAUAUCGACUACCGAUAUUCUCUCAAAGUUCAACCGACUUCUCUGGGAAACCUCAGCACAAACUCAGAGAUCGACGGACCGCCGGGCCUUGCCACGGCAGUGAUGCGGCAUCGUGUGACACAAUGCCGUUCAAGUAUAGCUCUCCGACAAUUGCUCGGCCACACAGGUAUGAUAGUUCUGACGACGAGAGCUUGCCUGACGUGGAAGAAUUGUAUAGAAGGAGACUUGCGAACAAGAUUAAGUCCUCUAGCGACGCAUCUACUUCUCACGAGCUCCACAUACUUCGCCAGAUUCCUGUUGACACUGGAGUCACGCACAAAACUGAUGCUUCGCAAGUGUAUUCAGACCCUCAAAACUCCGGUCAUGCUCAAGCGCAAACAGAUAUACAUGCAUGCCACUCAGAGGAUCUUGCUGGACCGAAAAGGGGUUUAAAUGAUGAUACCCAGAACAUACAGGCCCAAGGAGUUACCAAUAUGCUAUUCAGCUCGAAAUCAAAGAAGCGUUCAAGACAUGGGUCUAAGUCUAGAUCUGGUAGCUUAGAAGUCGAUUUUAUUGGGGGUAUCGCUUUGCCAGAGUCCCAAGUGACUACUUCACCUUGCGACACUCGCUCGGCGAAGAGACGGAAAGGACCAGGACACGCACGCAAGACGCACAACAUGGCCGACCAGAGUAAAUUAGGACUCGGUUUGCGUUUAAGUACAGCUUUCACUCCUCGAGAAAAUGCUGCAAAUGACACAGCACUUGGAUCUUAGCUUCUAAGCUACCGAACGAGGAUAGCCAUACACCCAAACUACCUACCCCUUUCGUACCUCCCGCCACACCCCGGGAGGCAAAGCGUAGGCGCAGGGGAAGAAAGAGACGGAGAAAGAGCAGGUACGAACAGAGACAGCAACCGGAUUGUCCUCAGGGAAAACACAUGGGUAAUAGACAAGAGCCUUACGAGUUCGACCGUUACAACCAAUCUAAACGUGGUGUCAAAAGGACAACAAGAGAGAAGACGACGGACACGGUGGAUUUUGGCAAGUUUAACGACGACAAUAAGUUGGAUACUUUAUGGCGCAAGUUGUCACGAAUGGAAGAUAUUGUUAAAAAAAUAAAGAAAAAAGAUUGACUUCAUAGUUCGGUUAAUGUCAUUUAUUAUUAAAUUUAAAAGUAAUUAAUAAAUUAAAU